CACACGCUACAAACAAAAAGAUCCGAACUUUGCAAAGAGCACCGCCCAAGCGAAAAAGAAAGCUCUCUUCUCUUCUCUUCACUACCAGCGAAGCCCGAAGCGCAGCGCAAAGCUCGGAUUUUUCCGUCCCGCGAAGCGAACCCGCAGAACCCAUUCCUCCCCUCUCUCUCGCGCUUCUGCUGAUCCCACCAUCUCCCGCAGAAGCUUCGGGAAACGGCGGAAAGCCCCGAUCGAUUCGAGAGAACUUCCCCCCCUCCUUCUUCUUCUCGCCGCGGAUUGGUGGAGAGCGCGGUGGUGGUUGCUUGAUCGUGGGGGGGAAGCGAUGGGGGACGCGAACGCCGUGGCCGGCAGCCUGGCCCGCGCCAUCGCCACCGCCUUGGACUGGAGCUCCGCUCCCGACGCCCGCCGCGCCGCCUUCUCUUUCCUCGAAUCCAUCAAGACUGGAGAUGUAAGAGUAUUAGCAAGCUCGUCAUUCCUUCUAGUAAAGAAGGAUUGGUCUUCUGAAAUUAGAUUGCAAGCCUUCAAAAUGCUUCAGCAUUUGGUUAGAUUGCGAUGGGAAGAAUUGAACCCCACAGAACGUAGGAAUUUUGCAAAUGUUGCUGUAGAAUUGAUGGCUGAGAGUGCAUAUUCUUCUGAAGAAUGGGCUUUGAAGAGUCAAACAGCUGCCCUUGUUGCUGAGAUAGUUAGAAGAGAAGAACUGAGUUUAUGGCAGGAGCUACUUCCCUCUCUAGUUUCCUUCUCCAGCAAGGGUCCCAUACAAGCGGAGCUGGUUUCGAUGACGCUGAGGUGGCUUCCGGAAGAUAUUACUGUUCAUAAUGAAGACUUGGAAGGUGACAGGCGCAGGAUGUUGUUACGAGGACUUACACAAUCUUUGCCUGAUAUUUUACCUUUACUGUACACUUUGCUAGAGAAGCAUUUUGGAACUGCCUUGAAUGAAGCUGGUAGGCAACAAUUUGAAAUUGCAAAACAACAUGCAGCCACAGUAAUUGCUACCUUAAACGCCAUCAAUGCAUAUGCUGAGUGGGCUCCAGUGUCAGACCUUGCCAAAUCUGGCAUUAUUAACGGGUGUGGCAUUUUACUCUCCUCUCCUGAUUUCCGUCUUCAUGCCUGUGAAUUUUUCAAACUUGUCUCCCCAAGAAAGAGACCAGUUGACUCCUCUGCUCCAGAAUUUGAUGCUGCAAUGGGUAGUAUCUUUCAGAUCUUAAUGAAUGUUUCUGGAGAAUUUCUGCACAGAUCUACAUCAAAUCCAAGCAUCAUCGAGGAAAAUGAAUUUGAGUUUUCUGAGUAUAUAUGUGAGAGCAUGGUCUCUUUGGGUUCUUCCAACUUGCCAUGCAUUGCUGGUGAUAGCACUGUGCUUUCUGUUUAUUUGCAGCAGAUGCUUGGCUUCUUUCAACAUUUCAAAUUUGCUCUUCAUUUCCAAUCUCUGCACUUUUGGUUGGCACUGAUGAGAGAUUUAAUGUCAAAGGCUAAGGUGCCUCUAAAUGUUGGUGGAGAAACCUCAGCCACUGGUAGUCUAGAUUCUAGCGUUGGACAGGUUGAUAAGGAGAAGAAAAGGCUCUUGGAUUUUGUAAAUGAUGAUACAUGCAGUGCCAUUCUAGAGACAUCUUUCCUAAGGCUGCUCAAGAAAGAAAAAGCUCUUCCUCAGACAGUAGUAUCUUUGGGAACUCUGGAGCUGUGGAGUGAUGAUAUCGAGGGCAAGGGUGAAUUUAGCCAGUAUCGGUCGAGGCUGUUGGAGUUGGUUAGGUUUGUUGCUGCAAACAAGCCCAUAAUAGCUGGUAGGAAAGUAUCUGAAAGAAUCAUCUCAAUGAUCAAGAAUCCCUUGCCUCCUCCAAUGCCUGCUCAGGAUUUGGCUUUGAUGGAAAGUAUGCAGUUGGCUCUAGAAAAUGUUGUGAACACAGUUUUUGAUGGAUUAGGCGAAUUUGGAGGUGGUAAUUCUGAAGUUCAACUCACAUUGUGUACCAUAUUUGAAGGGUUACUUCAGCAACUUCUUGCUUUGAAAUGGAGUGAACCAGUUCUUGUGGAAGUUCUUGGGCGCUAUUUAGAUGCAUUCGGCCCUUUUAUGAAGUAUUUUCCAAAUGCUGCUGGCAGUGUCAUCACCAAAUUGUUUGAGCUUUUAACAUCGCUUCCCUUUGCCGUUAAGGAUCCCUCAACAAGUAGUGCUAGGCAUGCAAGACUGCACAUAUGUUCCUCAUUUAUUCGGAUUGCCAAAGCUGCUGAUAAAAGCAUUCUGCCACACAUGAAGGGGAUUGCUGACACAAUGGCCUAUCUUCAAAGAGAAGGUUGUCUUCUGCGUGGUGAACAUAAUAUUCUUGGAGAAGCAUUUCUUGUAAUGGCUUCUGCUGCUGGGAUUCAACAGCAGCAAGAAGUUUUGCUUUGGUUGUUGGAACCACUGAGCCAACAAUGGAUCCAGGCAGAAUGGCAAAACAAUUAUUUAUCUGAACCUUUAGGCUUGGUUCGCUUGUGCACUGAGACAUCCUUUAUGUGGUCAAUUUUCCAUACAGUUACAUUUUUUGAGAAGGCACUCAAGAGAAGUGGAUACAGAAAAGGGAAUUUGAAUUUGCAGAGUUGCUCCAUAGGAAAUUCAGCUUUUUUGCAUCCAAUGGCUUCACAUUUGUCAUGGAUGCUGCCUCCCCUUCUAAAAUUACUUCGUGCCAUACACUCCCUUUGGUCUCCUCCUGUUUUCUGUAUGUUACCCAGUGAGCUGAAGGCUGCAAUGACCAUAAGUAAUGUGGAGCAGACUGGCCUUCUUGGAGAAGGGGUUCCUAAAUCUUCAAAGUCCACAUUGAAUUCAGCAGAUGGAUCUCAAACUGAUUUGAGCAAGGAAGGAAAUACGGAGCCAAAUGAAAAUGAUAUUCGGAACUGGUUGAAAGGUGUCAGAGACAGCGGGUAUAAUGUGCUAGGCUUAUCAACUACUGUUGGUGAUGCAUUUUUCAAAUGUUUGGAUAUUCAUUCUGUCGCUGUAGCACUGAUGGAAAAUAUCCAAUUCAUGGAAUUCCGGCAUAUAAGGCAGCUUGUUCAUUUAGUUGUAAUCCCAUUGAUUAAAGCUUGUCCAGUAGACUUGUGGGAAACCUGGCUGGAGACACUCCUCCGACCAUUGUUCAUCCACUCUCGACAAGCUCUUAGCAGCUCAUGGUCCAGUCUGCUGCUUGAAGGUAGAGCAAAGGUUCCGGAUACUACUGGCAUGGUUGCUAGUUCAGAUUUGAAAGUUGAGGUUAUGGAGGAGAAGUUACUUCGAGAUUUAACUCGUGAAAUAUGUGCACUCCUCUCUGCGAUAGCUUCCCCAGCAUUAAAUACAGGGCUUCCUUCACUAGAACAAUCAGGGCAUGCCAACCGCGUUGACAUGUCUUCUCUGCAAGAGUUGGACGUCUACUCACAAAGCUCUAUGGUCAGUUUCCUUAUGAAGCACAAAGGUCUGGCUCUUCCUGUAUUACAGAUGUGUUUAGAAGUUUUCACGUGGACAGAUGGCGAUGCAGUGACCAAAGUUUCUUCUUUUAGUGCUACUGUGAUUCUUCUAGCUAUAUCAACCAAUAAUGUGGAACUUUGUCAAUUUGUCUCUAAAGAUCUUUUUUCAGCUGUAAUCCGCGGUUUGACUUUAGAAUCAAAUGCCAUCAUCAGUGCUGAUUUGGUUGCCCUCUGUCGUGAAAUAUUUGUCUAUCUUUGUGAUAGAGACCCAGCUCCCAGGCAGGUUCUGCUUUCCCUCCCUGCUAUCACACCCCAAGAUCUUCAAGCUUUUGAAGAAGCAUUGACAAAGACCUCCAGCCCAAAGGAACAGAAGCAGCAUAUGAAGAGUCUACUUUUGUUGGCUACAGGAAAUAAGUUAAAAGCACUUGCUGCUCAAAAGAGUGUCAAUGUUAUCACGAACAUGUCAGCGAGGCCUCGCAGCUCAGUCAGUGCUCUGGGAUCAACGGUUGAGGAGGGGGAUACUCUAGGAUUGGCAGCAAUUUUGUGAGCUAUAGGAAAAUUCUUUUGUACAGAUAUGAAGUUGACUUGUGAGAAGCAUCCACAUCUUACUAAAAGCUGGUGCGUGGAGGCCUUUUCAAUCUCUCACCAAAAUUUUAAAGAGUUUGCCUGUCUCGGUCCAUCUCUUCAGGUUUUGCAUAAUACGAGUUUGUACAAAAUCCCUUGUCUUGAGCUGAUAGAUAUCCCUGAGGAAUGUAUUAUUUGCUCUUGGAUCGAGAUGAAUCGGCUGUCAGAUUCUGGAGUUUAUGCAAGUUUUUCAGUAUCGAGCUUACAUGGCAAGAUGUAGCUCUUGAGGCUUUCAUCCCGAAUACUUAAGAACAGUCCUGACACUCAUAAAUAUGAUGAGUAAUUGACAUGAUAGAUUCACGGUUCCCAAAAA